AGAAUCAUUCUGCUUCAGGACUCGCACGGAGCAUCAUCAGCCAUCGGUCGUGCUUAAAGCAUUUUUGUUGGCGGUGUUUUUUUUUUUUUUUUAAAGGUUAUUGUGACUUGUGUGUUGAUAAAUAAGUGGUGAUACUUUUGUUUAAUACUUUGUUUGGUUACUGUUUGAUAAUGCCCGAUAAAGGCGAAUUAUUGAGUGCAAUUUGCUGAAAAUAAUGAUAAGCGUAACUGACCUGUACUGUGGAAUGUAAGUGAUAUUUCUCUUACGCCCGUUACCCCGAAUGAUUUUCUCUAAGAUCUGCAGCAGUUUUGAUACGACAGACUAAAGUAAAUGAAACUGUUUAAAAAAGCCAACUCAUUGGUGUACAAAAAGUGUGAAGUACGCUGUUUAUGUAAUAACACUGUCAAGUUUAUCAGCGACGUGAAAUAGCACUGUAAAGUAUCAGACCAUAGAAGUUAUCGUUUGCAUUCGCACCGAAAAGGUUCAGCGCGAUGGACGGCUUCUUCCUGGCUGUCUUCCUGGCAGUGUGCAUCUUGGCGGCGGUGAUCCUGCGCUGCAUCUGCUACCGCUGCUGCCUCCAGUCCUGCUCGCAAAAGGCGCGCCAAAACAACGGCGAGAUGAUCCUUCCCCGCCACACUACACCCACCAUUACGCCCGCGCGCCCACAGCCGUAUUCCCAGGUGGACGGCACCCAGCGAGCAACAGUGCCUCCUCAGUCCCGCGCCGUCUUCACAAUAUACACUUUCCCUCAGCAUGAGUCCCCCGAGGUGGAGAGGACACCCCCACGCACCCCGGGCCCCCCGAAGUACUCCUCCCUCCCCGCCGACGCCCCGCCCAAAUACGAAGAUCUCUUCCCCCAGGCGGACUUCACCUUCCCUUCGAAGACUCCGUCGCCGAGGAUAACUCCUCCCACCCGAAACACCAUCGACUUGCAGCCCCUGCGAUCCUCCCCGCAGCAGAACACCUUAGUUCCUCUCACGCCUCCUCCUGUGGCUGUCCCACCUCCCCCAGUCUCGCGCUACCCUGCUCCCAGAGUGCCUUCUUCUACUCCCUCUUCUGCCCUGCCUCCGUCCUCCCCGCCCUCCCAUUCGUCUUCCUCCUCCCUCUCUGAUCCCUCAGCCGAAGGAGUUCCUCGAGAGGCGCCGCCGACGUACACAGCAGUACCCCCUUCCAGGGACGGAGAGUGAGAAGGACGGACCAGCGGCCAACGGUGUUCUCAGCUUUCUUCUGGGCAUUGAGUGAUCCCACUGUUGAUCAUUACCCCAUUUCGUAACUGCCAAUGUUCAUUAAUAUUAACGGGAAAAAUGUCUUUCUGGACCAAAGUGCUUAUUGUGAGCAGGGACGUGACGUAACACGUGAACUGAAAGUGUGCCAGGUUAAGCCACGCCCUGCUCAAAUGAUGACACUGAAUCUUUAAGGAGGAAUCUCUGGACCUCAGAUAUGGAAUUCCUUUGCGGUAGAGGACGGGAAUUUGACUGCUCAAGGGGGCUCGAUUUGCUGUCUGUCGUCAUGUUAUCGUUACCAAGGUUUAGUAAUACAGAGGACUAAUAUGUUAUUUCUGUUGAUCGUAACCACACUGGGAUAUCAAGUAAUAAUUGGCCUUGAGCUUGGAAAUAGGUCAAGCCUCACUGAUUCUCGGGGAAUGUCAAACGGAAUAUUUGUCAGGUCCGCACUCUCCAAGACAGCUUAUAAUACUACCUUUAUUUAUGAUCAGUUAUCCCCAAACUCCUUUCUGUCUAUCUACUUAUCUAUUUAUCAUCCUGUCUCAAUCUUUCUAAGAGGGAAAAUCUUUCUGUCUUUAAUGCAUAUAUGGUCAUUGAGACAUACACAAUACUUACUAACAUGAAAUCUAAAUAUUGAAACUUAUUUUUCUGUAAAAGAGAACCGGUCACUAUGCCGGCUUCUCCAAAGGGUUCCAAGGUGCUAACUUCUUGUCUUUCUGUCGAAGGAAAAGUUAAACACGAGUGUCUCCCUAAAUGUGAAUACAGCAGCAUUGUUGUAAUGGAGCUCUUCCAGUGAUAUACGGCUAUAUCCUUCCAGGUAGAUAGGCAUUAGAAAAUCGUCCUCCUAUUAGGCACUUGACUUUGUUGCUUUUCUCUGCAUACGGUCUGUAUAUGUGUACUCACACACACACACACACACACACACACACACACACACACACACACACACACACACACACACACACACACACACACACACACA